AUGCUUGGCCUCGGCGCGUACGAGGACUCGCCCGUGGCAGCCGACGCGGAGGAGGCCGCUGCGGCGCCGAGCGCAGUCCACCUCUCCAUCGUCGACUACGACGACGCCGAGCCGGAGGCGCCCGAGGUGGCCGCCGGCGAAGCAGCAGCAGCGGUGCUCGGCGCCUCGCUUGACGACGAGGCGGUGCACAAGGCGGGGCAGCACCGGAGCGUCGGCGUCAGCGGCGUGCAGGUCUCCAUCGUCAAGAAGCCCGCCGCUGUUCCGGCGGACGACGCGGCCGCGGCCGGCGGCGAUGACGGUUCCGCUGGCGAAGGCGAGGCAUCCGCCGCCGCCAAGGAGGAGCGAGGCGGCGCGGCGCGCGCCCCGUACGUGAUACCGGACUCGCCUCCCGGGGACGUCGACCCUGGCCUCGCCGAGCGCUUCGAAAACCUUGCGGAGAAGACUCGCAACGGCAUGCGGCCGGACAGCGUCCAGCACGCGCGGACGUAG